UUUAUUAGGUAGCUGACUGACAACUGGUCCCACCCGCUAGUAUCUCUCAGAGCUAAAGCCGCGCCGCGUCUUUCUUGUCAAUACAUUGGAUGUAACAAUUACAUACUCUGAACCUACACCUACAUCUUUAUCCAUCCGUAACAAAAUCAAGAUGGACCGCAGUCUUGACGAGAUCGUUGCUGAAUCCCAGCAGAGAAAGCGAGGCUCUAGACCUCCUCGCCGAGGAGGUGGUGGAGGACGACCUCGAGAACGCGAUUCUUACCCCCGCGACGGUGUUAGAAAGUCUGCCAGAGAUGACUCCCGAAACUUGGAUUCAGAAUGGGUUCACGAUAAGUUCGAUGAUUCCAGUUCGCGCAACCGUCAACGAGGACCAAGACGGCGACCCUCUCCAGACCGAUUCCAAGAUGCUCGUGGAACCAAGAUCAAGGUAGAGAACCUACACUACGAACUCACCGAAGGCGAUCUCAACGGCCUAUUCGAUAAGAUUGCACCGGUUGUUAAGCUCGAGCUGUUGUACGACCGCGCUGGGCGGUCCGAAGGCAUUGCUUUCGUCACCUACGAGAGUCGUGACGACGCGCAAGAGGCAAUCAGUCAAUACGAUGGUGCUAAUGCUAGAGGCCAACCAAUCCGCCUGUCCAUCGUGAACUCAGCACCUAGACGCAACCCUUUCGACACAGCUCACAUGCCGGGUCGACCUCUAGCUGAGCGUAUCACUCGACCCCGCUCUCUGUCACCUCGACGUGAUAUGGACCGAGACAGGGGUAUUGACCGCUACGUCCCAGGAACCCGUAGUCGAUCGCGUAGCCCGCGACCUCGUCGACGUGGUGGAAGGCGACCCGGUGCUCGACGCGAGCGUGACCGCGAUGACAAUACCCCGAAUACGAACGGACGAGACAAGGUUGGUCGAGAUGGACGACCUAAGAAGACUCAAGAGGAGCUAGAUGCUGAGAUGGCUGAUUAUUUCAACCCGAGUGGUGGAAACGAUGUCGGAGAGGCGAGUGUUAGUGCUCCUGCUGGCGAUGAUGUUGAUAUGAUUGAGUAAUUUCGGGCCAUUGAAAAGGGGAUAUCUGAUACAUAGCAUCUAGGCAUGCAUCAUAGCUUUUGUUGCUAGAUAAAAUAGGGCGUUCUUGAGGGCAAUAAGAGUGAAUUUCGGUCCGAAUGGGUUUGUGUUUUUGGUAAUAUACUGGUGAUAUGUGAACUUGUCUGCUAGUUUAUCCGACUUCCGCAAGUCGAAAGGGGAUGAACAGGUAGUUUGGGGCCGAAUUUUU